CAAAUUUUCCCUUUUUUAAGUAUCAAAGCCAAGUUUGAUGAAGGUGGGAAAUAGCUUACUCUUUUCUCAGUCUGUGGAUAGCAGACAUACUAAUGGAAUAAUAAACAACUGCAAGCUAAUAAAAUCAAGAUGAUCUAUCAUCUGUUUUUUGUGGUUUUUGGUAUUUAUGUGGUGGAUGCACAGAAACCCACAUGCCUUAUUGUUGCUCCAAAUGUAAUUCACCUGGGAGUGGAAGAGACUGUGGGUGUACAGCUUCAUGGAGCCACUAAAGAAAUAAGAAUGAAACUGUACUUCGAAAAACAGAAAGAAUCAGAAAUUCUGUCAGAAAUAAGAUCUAUAAUCCUCAAUGAAAACAAUAACUACCAGGCUGUGGUAAAACUCAAGGUUGAUGCUACCAUGUAUGGGGAUGUUGAAAAAAAUUCAUAUGUUCAACUUGCUGCCAUAAGCAAUGAUAUCUUUGAGAAACAGGAUGCCAGAAAAGCCAACAUCUAUUUGUCAACAAAACGGGGUUACAUAUUUGUCCAAACCGACAAGCCAAUUUAUAAUCCAGGAGAAAACGUCAAAUACAGAAUCUUCAUUCUAGACAACUACAUGCUCCCCAUACAAGAUGAACUCCAUGUUCAAAUAACCAACUCCAAAGGCUUGAUUGUUUACAAUCGUGUUUUGAUUAUUAACCAAAUCUUGGAUAAAACUAUCACUAUACCAGAAGUUGAACAAACAGGCAAAUGGAAAAUCAUUACGUCAUUUCAUAAAUUCCCAGAAUCGACCACAACAGUGGAGUUUGAGGUCAAAGAAUAUGUUUUGCCCACAUUUGAGGUGAAGAUUGAGGCUUCACAGCCUUAUCAUAUUUUGAUGAGCGAGUCCUUUCCCUUCAACAUUUCUGCUAGAUAUACUUAUGGAAAGGGGGUCAAUGGGAUUGCAUAUGUUCGAUUUGGACUUGUUGAUGAAAAGCACAAUAAGAUAUAUCUUCCAGGCACUGAAAAGCAGAUAACUGUAGAGGACGGCACUGCAGGAACAGCAGUACUUACUAAAGACUUAAAAACAGCAUCACAAAAUAUCACUCAAGGCUAUAUAGAAGGAUAUUAUAUUUAUAUUGCGGUCUCAGUUUUGGACAAAGCAAGUGGCAUGCUGGAGGAAGCCGAGAGUUCCUCUGUGAAGAUUGUGACAUCUCCAUAUGUUGUUGAUCUGUCAAAAACCAAGACGUAUUUCACCCCUGGUGGUGUAUUUUCUGUUUUGGCUACUGCAACUUAUCCAGAUGGAAACAGAGCCCCGAACUUGAAAUUUACAGCCACCAUAACAAUUGAUGGAUCAUCAGAGCAGAUUCUGCAAAACGAAAGCUGGGGAAAUGAAAUGGGAGAUGUUGCCAUGUCUUUUCAAAUUCCACCACAGGCUAAGAACUUAGCUAUAACAGUAUUUGCUGAAGGUGGAGACCAAGUCGUAAUUCGUAGUGAUAAUAAGAUGACUGCCAGUGCAAUAACAGCUGAAGAACAGAGCUAUCUGAGUUUGGAAGUAGAGAAACAGUUCUUACAAGCUGGUGAGGACUUGAAAGCCAGAUUGCGGGACAUCACCCCUGAGGGUGCAGCCAAACCGACUUUCUUUUAUUUUAUGGUUUGGAGUAAGGGGCAAAUUGUGCAGAUGGGGCGGGUGCCAAGAACUGCAUUCACAACUGUCAAUGUGAAAGUUAACGUGGAUAUGGUGCCUUCUUUUCGUCUCGUGGCCUACUAUUUUACAGGCUCCGCAUCAAAAGAAAGUGUAGUGGCUGACUCUGUGUGGGUCGAUGUGAAAGAUGUCUGCAAAGGCAAGAUAGAAAUUAAUCCGCUGGCUGAGAUAAAACCUGCAACACAGUUUGAGGUGACAGUCGAGACGAAUCCAAAGACCAAAGUGGCUCUUGUGGCGGUGGACUCUGCAGUUUAUAUUCUCAACAAAAACAAACUAAGCCUUCAAAAGAUGUUUGAUUAUAUGAACUCGUAUGACCUGGCCUGCUCUGUUGGAGGAGGAGAGGAUUCUAGUGCUGUUCUGCAGAGAGCCGGGCUGACUUUCAUUUGUAACUGUGCUCUUAAAACCCCUACAGCACUAGAGCAUAAGUGUAACAAAAAAACUACCAAUCGUGUCAGGAGAGCACCGGACUAUGUUGCUAAAUACAAUGCAGUCGUUAACAGCUUUAAGAAUCAAGACAGGAAAUGCUGUUUGGAUGGUGUAAGGCCCAGCAAAAUGCAAACAUCCUGUGUUGACCGUCUUAAAAGAGUAAAAGAAUCGGAGAGUUGCCGUAAGGCUUUUAAAGAGUGCUGCGAAGCUGCAGAUGAGAGGAGGAAAAGGGAGAAGUUUGAGAAGAGAAAAACCAGCCUUGGAAGAGUUGUUGGUGACUCAUUUGAUGAAAUUGUGAUUAAUGAGGAUUUGAUCUACAUCCGUAACUAUUUCCCACAGUCGUGGAUGUGGACAGUCAUUGAAUCAGAUAACAAAGGCUUAAUCAGGCAUGAAGUGGUUGCCCCUGAUUCCAUUACCACUUGGGAAGUCCAGGCUGUUGGCAUUUCUCCCACUAAAGGAUUUUGCAUUGCUGAGCCAAAGCCCUUGACAGUCUUCAAGGAUUUCUUUUUGUCCGUCAACCUUCCUUAUUCUGUGAAGAGAAACGAACAGCUUCAGGUUAAAGCUGUUGUGUACAAUUACAAGCAGGAGAGUUUAAAGGUAAUAGUGAAGCUGAAUAAGGUGGAGGGUUUGUGCACUGCUGGAGGUAAUGAUGUGAAGGAGGAGGUCACAGUUUCUGGUAACUCAGCAGUGACCGUGUAUUUCACUGUGGUGCCCCUUAUUAUUGGGAACCUCCACAUUGAUGUUCUAGCUUAUGCUUCCGAAAUCAUCCAUGAUCGAGUCGAAAAGAAACUUCGUGUGGAGGGGGAAGGUGAAUUAACCUCUAUCGACAGGGAGUUCAACAUUGACCCAAAUUUGAAAAAAAUAGAGUUUAACAUUUCAUCCCCUGUUGAUGAGGUCCCUGCUGGUUCAGACUCAGAAACCUCUUUAGGUUUUAAAGGUGGAGUGAUGGGCGAGUCAAUAGACAACUGUUUAAACCUGGAGGGUAUUGAUAAACUGAUCCAGCUGCCCACUGGCUGUGCAGAACAGACUAUGGUGAAGAUGUCUCCCGCUAUUCAUGCCAUGAGGUAUCUGGAUGCCACCAACCAGUGGUUAUCUCUGAAAGCUGAACGCAGAGAUGAGGCCCGAUCCAUGAUCCAAACCGGUUACAACACAGUCCUCACACACAAGAAAGACGAUGGCUCUUAUGGAGCUUUCCUAAGAACUCCUAGCAGUAUUUGGCUUACUGCAUUUAUUGCCAAAGAGCUGACGGGUUCUCAGGACAUUGUCAAUGUGAACAAAUUAUAUAUUCAGGAGGCUAUGUCUUAUCUCAUUUCCAAACAGAAGAGCAAUGGUGCAUGGGAUGAUCCCAAUCGCCUGUUUGACCAAGGAAUGAAGGGAGGAGUAGAACAAGCAACAGAUGACGUUCCCCUCACUGCCUUUGUGCUUAUAUCAAUGCACCAUGCUUUGAAAGUUUACGAUCUGGGAAGUGAUACGGAACUGAGAGUAGCUAUGGAUAAAGCAAAGUCCUACCUAGAAGCGCAGCUGGAUGCUGUGAGGAGUCCCUAUUCACUUGCUGUCACAGCUUAUUCCUUUUCCUUGCAUGAUCAUCGAAGUGCAGAAGCUCGGAAAGCGCAACAAAAGCUACAAGACAUUGCUAACUGUGAUGACAAAAUGUGUUUUUGGAAAGCCAAGGGUGGCAGAGGUGAACCAAAAGAUAAAGCUGAUGCUCGAUCAGUGGAGACCACAGCAUAUGCUCUGCUCACUACACUCAUUGUGGGUGACAAGAGCAAGUCUAAACUCAUUGCAAACUGGCUGACAGAGCAGCGCAGACACGGUGGAGGCUUCCGCUCCACACAGGAUACAGUUUUGGCCCUUGAAGCUCUGACAAAAUACAGCAUACAGAACAAUGAUGUUGACGAUCUGAAUCUGAGGGUAGAAAUGUGCCUUGAAAAUGGCCAAAAAAAAGAUUUGCACUUGACCAAAAAUAAUGCUCUCACUCUCUCAGCUGUGAAGGUCAGAGAUGUUGGGAAAGUUACCCUAAACAUUCAGGGAACAGGACGGGGAACAUUAGCCGUUGUGCAGACGUACAGAACUAUGAAGAAGGAUGAAUCAUUCUGUGAUCUUUUUCACCUUACUGUCACAGUGAAGGGAGAGCUGGAGUACAAAACCGACAAUAGUCAAGAUCUGCUUGAAGAUUAUUAUGAGAGCUAUGACACCAGUGAAGCUCAAAAUGAUGAGCCCAUGAGCAACAUGCAGUGGUUUGACCUCCGCAGCCGCAGAAAAAGACAAAUCUCGGAGGAGCCGAUAAAAGAGAGUUCUCUCAUAUACACAGUGUGUGUGGGCCUGAAAAAGAAGAACUCUGAGGGCAUGAUCAUAGUGGACAUUUCUCUUCUGAGUGGACUGAUACCAAACAGCAAAGACCUGGAACAUAAUGUAAAGGGCACAGAGAAGUACAUCGAUCACUAUGAAAUUCACCACAACAAAGUCUAUCUUUAUUUUGCAAAGAUCACUGAAACAGAGGAGUGUCUUCAGUUUGGUGCCGAUCAGGCUGUUCCCAUGGGUCUCGUCCAGCCUGCUUCUGCUGUCAUCUAUGACUAUUACAGUCCAGAGAAGAGAUGUGGCAUUUUCUACACAGCGCCUCAGAAGAGCCCGAUGAUCUCCAAACUGUGUCAAGGAGACGUGUGUACAUGUGCAGAAGGUGGUUGUGCGAAGCUGAAAGUUACCUUCAGCAAGAAUAUGGAAUCCAACAGCAGGAGUAGUUUUGCUUGUUAUGAUCCCAGUGUUGACUAUGUUUAUGUGAUCAAAAUUCUCAGCUCUAGAAGUGAUGAUGUUUUUAUGUACUACACUACGCUAAUCACUGAUGUUCUGCAGACUGGUAGGACUGGUUUUGACUCUGAAAUUCAGAAAGGUGAAACUCGUCAGAUGAUCCAACGUUUAUCAUGUGAGCUGGAGCUGAAAGAUGAAGCCCAGUAUCUGCUCAUGGGCCAUGACAGAGCAAUCUCAGAGCAGAAUAACAACAGACAACAAACCAAGUACAUACUGAACAGUGACAUGUGGAUCGAGAAGAUACCGGAAGAGAAGAGGUGCAAGUCGACCACAAGCCGCUCAGCCUGCUUUCUCCUUACUGAAUUUAUAAAGCAGCAUCCCAUUAAAGGCUGCGACAUCUAGACGAGGUCAUGCAGAUGAGAAAUAAUCACACUGAACGUCUUUGUUUGGCUCUGUAAAUCAUGUGCUUUUAUUUCUAGUGCAUACUGACAUAAAGAGACUCUUACAGUUGUUUGGUACAUUGGAAAGUAAGCAUUUCAGUUCAGUUUUUUUUGCAUGUGUGUAUUGGCAAUACAGUAGAUUCACAUUACUCUUCAUUCUGUUAGAUAAAGGGAGAAAUUUAGCUAAAUGGAAUACAUUUUCAUAUAGUGACCACAGAUUUCUGUCUUUAUGACAUGAUCUUUUUAUAGUAUGAUCUCCAUGUUAAAACAUGGGUACUUUUAAGGGGUUGUUUUAGGAUGUGUUCACACUUGACAGGUUUGGUUUGAUUAAAACAACAGCUCUGCGUCAGACAAACUACUGUACGUUUUGUUUUUAACCUAUUCCAAACAAACUCAAAUGUGGUUAGGCUGAAAUAUGAAAACAAAGAUCUAAACAAAUCAAAAACAGGAUAUGAUGUCAGUCUGAAAUGUACAUACGGCAAGUGGAUUUUGAAUGUGUAACCGCAGAACAACAUGCAUCAAAAAUGCCUUAAGGUUUAGUCCUAAAGGAACAGUUUGUGCAAAAAUUAACAUUUCCUUACCAUUUACUAAUGUUCAAAACUUGAACAUUUCUUCUGUUUGAUGACAUGAAACAGAAGAAAUGAAUUUCAUAAAUUUCUUCUGUUUGAUACAAAAUAAGAUGUUUUGAAACCGAUAAAAAAAAGCAGCCAUUAAAAUCUAUUCUAACCAUAUUAUGGGCGUCAAUGUCAAAUAUCGUGACAUAUCGCUUGUUUCCCAGAGAUGGGUUGCUGCUGGAAGGGCAUCCGCUGUGUAAAGAUUUGCUGGAUAAGUUUGCAGUUCAUUCCACUGUGGCGACCCCAGAUUAAUAAAGGGACUAAGCUAAAAAGAAAAUAAAUGAAUUUUCGCUUGUGUUGAACAGUUUAAAAUAAUUCAAACAGGUUUGGAACAAGUGGAUGAUUAGUAGUGGUGGGCAAAGAGAGGCUUCAUGAAACACUGAAAAUGUGUUGACUCUUCGAAACCCAUUUCUACAGUGACACCUAGUGGUCAUUUAUUUAUGUAUCGCUUUGGAACCGCAUCAGCAAAGAAACAAGUAAACAAAUUAAGGUAUUAACACGUUGUAGAGUUGAGGCUUCAAGUGGUUAAAUUAAGCUGUGAGAGUUCCUGACUCGCAUUCAGAGGUCAUGGGUUGAAUCCAGGGUGAUGCAGCUGUAGAUGAUAGUUUUUAAAUGCUCAGUUAUCUUAAGGAGUUUUGUUUUAACGUUGGUCUGAUAUCCCAAUGAAUAUAGGUCUUGUUUUGGUCAGAAAAAAGUAGCAUUAGUAAAAUACAUUGUCAUAAUUUGAGUGUUUGUAUAAGUCAGGAUUUGAACAACUGAACAAUUAAAGCACAGUUAUUUUGUGUACACGCAAACUGUAGGCCACUAGGUUACAUGAGAUAGUUUUGUUUAUUUUGACCCUGUCAGUCAAACGUGGAUUUAACAGGUCUCAAAACGCCUCUGAAAUGACAUGCGUUAAAUCAUUUUAGUCACAUAACUAGGUGUUUCGAAACACUUGAGUGUUUCAGAUCAUGAUUGGAAGAACUUGCGCUUCAAUCUCAAAACAGUUGAAACAUCUGUUUCACGUCAGUCAUCCCUAAUAAUUAGUAAAUAAUGACUAAGGACUACACCUUUAAAAGUGACAGUGUUGUGGACACAAAGUGAACCGGGACUACAUGGAUCGCAAGCAAACCAAACUACAAACGUGAACACAUCCUUUAAAAAAACACAGAUGCUACAUAUUCAAGAGUGCAUUAUUGCAGUUUAAGUACUAUCUUUAUAAUGCUUCACAUCUCCUGUAGUUUUACAAUGUACAGUUUUAUUACAGAAUACUGUAUUUAGUGGCUUAAUCAACACUGGCUUUCUAGUUUGUAAAAUCAAAACUUCAUAUAAAGUAUAAACGCGCUCAUGAUCAA